AUGUUCGCUGAUCGAGAGACGGAGAUCUUCCGCGAACUUAUUGAUCCGAAUUUUCCAGACCUUGUGGACGUUGCAAAAACAUGCCCACUGGUGAUGGUGAACUCCAACGAACUGUUCGAGUUGACUCGACCAACACUCGCGAAAGUUGUGAAUAUUGGAGGUGUUGGCAUCCAAAUAAAGGAUGCCAAACCCCUGACCAAGGAAUUCCAACAAAUAGUGGACAGUUGUGAAGGACUCGUGGUGUUCUCGUUCGGCUCAGUAACUCCAAGUCAUCGAAUGCCGCUUGAAUGGAAGAAAGCCUUUCUGGGAGCAUUUUCGCGUUUUCCUAAAUUGAACUUUGUACUCAGGUAUGAAGGGAACGAUUUGAAAGAUCAACUUCCACCGAAUGUCUACUUGUUCAAAUGGCUGCCACAAGCAGAUCUUUUGAGACAUCCCAAGACAGUAGCUUUCAUAUCCCAUGGAGGUUACAACAGUCUACAGGAGGCAGUCACCUCCGGCGUUCCAAUGAUAACCGUUGCUCUAUUUGGAGAUCAGCCACGAAACGUGAAAUUGGCGGAAAGGCACCACUUCGCCAUCAACAUAAGAAAAGGCAAUGUCACUGUGGACGCCAUCGCUGAAGCACUGAACAGGCUUCUGAGUGACAAGAGUUAUUCCCAAAACGUCAAGAGAUUGUCGCAAAUGGUGAAGAAACAGCCUGUGAGCGCAGAUCAUCUUCUGGUGGCGUGGUCCGAAUUUCUUAGCCGAAUUCAAAACCCUGGAAAAUCUUGUUCCAGCCGGUACAAAACUCAAUUUCUUCCAGUAUCAUUCAUUAGACGUCAUCGCCUUCCUGUUUCGAUCUUGGCCGUUAUUCUCUUCGUUUUAUGGAAAUUGUUGAAAUUAAUUCUGUUGAAAAUAUAUGCUUCAUUAUCUCGAGUUAAGAAGACGAAUUAUUCCCAAAACGUCAAGAGAUUGUCGCAAAUGGUGAAGAAACAGCCUGUGAGCGCAGAUCAUCUUCUGGUGGCGUGGUCCGAAUUUUUAGCCGAAUUCAAAACCCUGGAAAAUCUUGUUCCAGCCGGUACAAAACUCAAUUUCUUCCAGUAUCAUUCAUUAGACGUCAUCGCCUUCCUGUUGUCGAUCUUGGCCGUUAUUCUCUUCGUUUUAUGGAAAUUGUUGAAAUUAAUUUUGUUGAAAAUAUAUGCUUCAUUAUCUCGAGUUAAGAAGACGAAGUUAAGCUAA